GCUGUCGGUUUGUCGGGUCGACGUCUCCCCGUCUCAGCGCCCCCGGGAGCUCCAGGGUUUAGGAGCCGUUGCUGUGGACGGAGAGGCGGGGGACGUGAGCGGGGCAUUGAGGGCGGCCAGGGUGAGCCGGGCUGAGCUUCGAUGGAGGACCGCAUGCCAGGGCACGACAAGGAGAAGCGUUAUGAGUGCGACGUGUGUGGCAAGGCCUGGCGGUACCCGAGCCAGCUGGAGACCCACCGGCGGGUGCACACGGGAGGAAGCCCCUUCGACUGCACGGAGUGCGGCAAGAGCUUUACCCGCUACGACAACCUACUGCGGCACAACCGCGCGCACUCGGGCGAGGGGCCCCCCCUCGCCUGCGCCGAGAAGGAGCCGCUGCCCUGCCCCGACUGCGGCAAGGCCUUCAAGUCGGCCAACGACCUGAAGAUCCACCGGCGGGUACACACCGGCGAGAGACCCUACGCCUGCACCGAGUGCGGCAAGACCUUCAAGACGCCGAACCACCUGAAGACCCACUGGCGGGUCCACACGGGCGAGAAGCCCUACAGCUGCCCCGCCUGCGGCAAGAGCUUCACGGGGCUGUCGGGGCUGCGCCGGCACCGGCGGGUCCACAGCGGCGAGCGGCCCUUCGCCUGCCCCGACUGCGGCAAGAGCUUCAAGUCGUCGCCGGAGCUGAAGAUGCACCGGCGGCUGCACACGGGGGAACGCCCCUACGCCUGCGGGCAGUGCGGGAAGAGCUUCAUCCGCUCCGCCAGGCUGCUGGAGCACUGGCACACCCACACCGGCGAGCUCCCUUACACCUGCGCCCAGUGCGGCAAGGGCUUCACCCGCUCCACCUACCUGCUGGACCACCAGCAGGUGCACGCCGGGGCGCGCCCCUACCCCAGGCCCUUCGGCUGCCCCGACUGCGGGAAGGGAUUCCGGAGAGCGCAGGACCUGAAGAUCCACCGGCGGGUUCACACGGGCGAGAGGCCGUUCGGCUGCCCCGCGUGCGGGAAGGGCUUCGCCCAGUUGUCGGGGUUGUGGAGGCACCGGCGGGUGCACAGCAGCGAGCGGCCCUUCGCCUGCCCCGACUGCGGGAAGGGCUUCAAGUCGGCGCAGGAGCUGAAGGUGCACGGGCGGCGGAUGCACGCGGGGGGACCCCCCGGCGCCUGCAGGGACUGCGGCGGCAACAACGGGGAGCGCCGCGUCUUCGCCGGCGCCCAGCGCGGCGGCAAACGCAACGACGGCUUCGCCCGCUCCUCCGGGCUGCUGCCCCCCCACCUGCGGGCGCACGCCACCACCGGCGGCCCUCCCGCCCCCGGCCCGGCGUGCGGAGAGCGCUGA